AUGUUGACUUAUGGCCGGCUUUUGAUCCGAGUUGCUGUGCCGCAUGGCAAGGACAUCAGCAAUAUACGGCCGGUCGCUUUCGCUAAAAACUUUUGUUCAACAGCGCGAACUACUGCCGCCACUUCGACCGAUUCGGCGGCCACGAAUGCGACGAAAACUGCCCAAAAGGUGGACUCGAGUUGUUGUGGAUUUGCCAAAGACUUGAUUGGAGGACCAUCAACGGUGUUGGAUCAUGGAAAAUUUGGGGAAGAUGCUUGUUUUGUUACGCAUUUUAAGCACACUCAUGUUGCUGGUAAGUUUCUUAAUUUUUGUUUAUGUUUUAGGUAACCAUAAACAUAGUUGUAGGCCGUUUUUGGGAAAACCCAAAAAAUCGUCAAAGUAGGAGGAUAUUUAGAUUAACAUUCUAAAAGAAAAGCAUUAAAAAACAGAAAUUUAUUAAGCUUUAUUUUUAUUUUUAAAUCUUUAACUUUACAAUUUUAGGCGUAGCCGAUGGUGUUGGGGGAUGGAGAAAGUACGGCAUUGAUCCUAGUGAAUUCUCAUCAAAUCUCAUGAAACAUUGUGAAAAGAUUGUAGAGGCUGGAGAAUUCAAACCAGAUCGACCAGAUUUGAUUAUCAGCAAAGCUUUCGAGCGAUUAGCAGUAUCGCCUAGGCCAAUUGGGUAAGUUAAACUUGUAAUAUCAUUCUUUUAAAUAGAAUUUUUUCAAACAGAAAGAGCUGCUUAUUUGAGUUUUUUAAAACAAAUUUCUGUCUUUCACACUUUAAAGUGGUAUAUUUCAGAAGUUCAACAGCUUGCGUAGUAGUAAUUCAUCAACACACCUUGUACACAGCUAACCUGGGUGAUUCAGGCUACUUGGUAUAUCGCGAUGGAAAGGUUGUACAAAAGUCAACAGAACAAGUUCAUUAUUUUAAUGCUCCCUUCCAGUUAACAUUACUACCUGAACAAUGUGGUAAGCUUUUUCGGUCAAGGAGGUAUAUAGAAUAAACAAAAGACAAUUUUGGUUUCUUUUUAGUUUUUUCUGGUAACUUUUGAAACAAAGUAAAUAAUAUUUCACAUUUGGUUGUAAAAAUAAGGUUAUUCUUUUAUAGAAUUGGAAGGAUUCAUCCGUGACACGCCGGAAAACUCGGAUCUCAAUGUGCUAGAUUUAGAAAAGGGUGAUGUUGUUCUAUUAGCCACUGAUGGAUUAUGGGAUAAUGUUCCAGAUGCUUUAAUAUGUGAAGCUUUAGAGGUGAGUUUAAUUUUGCUUUUAGGAAAAUUAAAAAGCGUUUUUUAUAGAUUGCUCUAAUAUUGAUUUGUUUUAGGGAGUGAAUGCUCAGAAUCUACAACAAAAAUGCAAUACGAUCGCUCUGAUCGCGCGACGAUUGUCAUGCGACGUGCACCAUCUGAGUCCGUUUGCCAAGAAGGCUAGCGAACAUGGAAUCCGCACGAAAGGCGGCAAGCAAGAUGACAUUACCUGCGUUUUACUCUACAUCUCAUAG